AUGUGGGAUUUCCAAACGCACGGUUCUUCCCUCUUUCUAACGGGCGAUCUUCAUCGCCAGAGCUCUUCCCUCUUCCGAACGGCGCAAUCUUCCUCACCAGAGCUCUGAAUCCUUGAAGAAUUUCCUCGUGCCAUGCAGAUUCAUCUCAAAUAGUAUGCUGAGCAGAUUCCUAUUGGGUUGGAAAAGGUGAUUCGAUCAGUUUCUUCUAAAACGGUCAAGCAAUUUUAUAGAUGGUACCAUUUACACAAUAUGGCUGUGGUCGCUGUUGGAGAUUUUACUGAUACACAGAGUGUAGUUGAAUUGAUAAGGACUCACUUUGGGGGAAAAGUUUCAAUCUCCACCCCGCCACUUAUACCAGAAUUUCCUGUUCCAUCUCAUGGUGAACCACGCUUUUCAUCUUUUGUUGAAUCUGAAGCUGCUGGGGUCAGUACUCUGAAGAUCUCUGUGUAUUUAUUUACUGAUAGAAUGCUGUGUGUUUUCCAGCCAUUCUUGAAUGGUGGCGACUCAUCUGCUGUAGACUGGCCAUACAUGUGCAUCAAUUAAGACCUAGACUCUAGCACAUGAUUACCCAUACUCGCAAUGGGGCCCAUGAUUCAGACGAUCUGGAUUGAUAAAAAUGUCUGCCAUGUGUAGCGCGGAUUAGUCAACAUUUAAAAGAUGGUGGGAAUCACACAGUAGUCUAGACUCUCGCACAUCUAUUUAUGCAUGCGCAAGUCAAUACAGAGACUCAAACAUUUGUAAUGCAUACAAAGACAUGCAUGCAUGGAGGCCUAACUGUAUUCUUGUUUGUGAACAUGAAUACACUAAUUGUAUUCUUCAUAGUUGUUAUUCCUGCACAAAA